AGGGCAGAUGCCAGAGCGGGCUCUGUCGCGCCGGAUCCAGCUGCUGAGCUGGUCUGAGGGAGGAGGCACUCUGCCAGGGCGCCGCAGGUCCCGGGGUGGCUGACGCCGUCCGGGGCGUUCCUGGCAGCUGGGGGCCGGCGAGGUUAGACCCGAGGCCCGGGAGGAGCCGGCGGGCGGCCACGUGAUCGACCGCGGCGGGGCCCAGAAAUAGCAGCGGCGGCGGUUCCGCCCGCGGGCUGGAGCGAGGGAGAGGCGGAGACUGGUGGCCGCCGGCUCGGCACGGGCGCGGCCCCGGAGGAUGCUGAGCCCCUGCCCGGCCCGGCCCCGAGCACAUGAUGGCGAUACGGGAGCUUAAAGUGUGUCUUCUCGGGGACACUGGGGUUGGGAAAUCAAGCAUUGUGUGUCGGUUUGUCCAGGACCACUUUGACCACAACAUCAGCCCAACCAUUGGGGCGUCUUUUAUGACCAAAACUGUGGCUUGUGGAAAUGAACUUCAUAAAUUCCUCAUCUGGGACACUGCUGGUCAGGAACGGUUUCAUUCACUGGCUCCCAUGUACUAUCGUGGAUCCGCUGCAGCCGUCAUAGUGUACGAUAUCACCAAACAGGAUUCGUUUUAUACCUUGAAGAAAUGGGUAAAAGAACUGAAAGAACAUGGUCCAGAAAACAUUGUAAUGGCUAUUGCUGGAAACAAGUGUGAUCUCUCAGAUAUUAGGGAGGUUCCCUUGAAGGAUGCUAAGGAAUAUGCUGAGUCCAUAGGUGCCAUCGUGGUUGAAACAAGUGCAAAGAAUGCUAUUAAUAUUGAAGAGCUCUUUCAAGGAAUCAGUCGCCAGAUCCCACCUUUGGACCCCCAUGAAAAUGGAAACAAUGGAGGAAUCAAAGUUCUGAAUUCAUCCAUGCCAGGCACCCGGCCGUGCUGCUGACCCGUGGGCCAGGGUCCACCCCGCUGUGCACUGCUGAAGGACCUCCCCUUCUCAGUGGCUUGGCACCUCAUUUAGAGAGAGUGAGCACGCUGGCUUGGCAUCCUAGAAGACCUGCAGGGAAUGGGGCAGAAAAUGUCCCUGGAAAAGGAUUUUAGAAAACUCUGGAAAAAUCCACCAUACCGCCACAAAGUGGCCUUAGUGCAUGAAAUGCACACGGGAGGGAACAGAUGUUAGGUAAUAAGUAUAGUUGAGUUUUUUGUUAAAAGUCUUAAAAUACUCUUAAAUUUGUACAGAAGUCUUACUGGUUCAUUGUGUGUAUGAGAUUCUAAAGUGGAGUCCACUCAGAUUUCCUGUGUCCCUCGCCAGACUUCAGGAACUUCUUCAGUGCCUUUGCUUUGCUACCUAACCAGCCUGCACAGAAAGGCUCAUUUAAUUUAAUUUAAUUUACCUUUCAGUGGAGUGUAAUUGGACUAUCACUCAAGCUGUAGACUUGAGCUAUUAUAAAAGUGGAGAAAGAUGUGUUAGAAACUGUUGCCUACGUCUCUGACUUUUACUUGAUGAACAUUUUUUUAAAAUUUGGGUCAUAUAUAAACAAACACAUCAAAUCUGACUAAAAUAUUGCAUGUAAUUUUGGGAUUGGGAGGCCUAGUUUGGAAGAGUCAUUUCAAUAGUUACUGUGUAAGCAGUGGCAGAUGUAGGAUAUAAACAUUAUUCCAGACACCACCUGGUAUGCAUCAUCUCCACAGUAACAAAUUCCUACUUUCUUAGAGAAGCUUAAUGCACAGAGUAUUAUUUUACUAAGAGAAUAUGUCAUAGUGUCAUAUCUAGGGGGAAAAAUUAACUAGAGGAUGUUUGAAUCUAAAUUGUAGGGCAAACUUCUAAUAAUACCAAUUAAUAAUAGGUUACAGGAAAGCCAGCCAGAGCAAGUACCGGAACCUUAAGAUUCUAGAUUCUAGAUUAAGAGUCCUAAAACUAUAAAAUAGGAGACAGCAUUUUAGAAGAUGCCAAGCUUGGGGAGGUGAGUUUUAGGGUUAACCAGAGGUCCAACCCUGGAGUGCAAAUUGGCUGAGAAUAGGCUUCAAGAAAACCUUCCUUUUCAGAUUCUCUGUCUGCUCAAUUAAUGAAAGAUAUGUGAAUCCAAUGGAAGUAAAGAGAAAGAAGGUAUGAAAAGGGGGAAAAGCUAUUUCCAUGGAAAAUUCAAAUCCUAUUACCAUUCCAACUUUUCGUAAAAACCUGGGAUCAACAAGCAGUUGGUUUCCUAUUAGGGCUCAUAUGGGAGGUGAUUCUUAAAGGAUGUUUGGAUCGGUGCCUCUUGUUGGGGCUAGGAAACUGCAAAAGAACAGCCUCAGAAAUGGUUCCUCAUGCAGCGUGGUAGCAGGCCCAACGUACCUUCUUUGCCAGGAACAUUCAAGGCCAGGCAAACAUUAAUUGAACACCUACAGUGUAAAAGUCAGGAAAGAGAUGGCGAGCUGAGUAAAGACCUUGAACUCUGAGUAACUCAGUGUGAGCUGGUGCCUAGAGUCCUCUCCGGCUGUGCCCACCAUGCUCAUGGCAAGUAGAGACACUGAGUCCGCCAUCAACAAAAAGCAAGAGUCCUUGAGAGACCAGGGCCAAGCUUACACUUCUUUAUGUGGACUGCAAUCAAGAAAACAAGUGGAAAUCACAGAUUUAGGCUUUUUUAACUCAAGAAUCUGCUGUCGAUUUGAUGUUCUUACUGCUUAACCCAGCGUGCAAGAGUAGUUGACAAUCUUAGGCUGUGAAGGCUGGAAAUGUGUAUUUUUGGUUCAAGAGUGCCUCUUAGCUCUCCCAGACAGUACCUCAAAAACUGUUAGCAAGUGGCAUUUGGAUGUCUUGGCAAGGCCUUGGCCAGGUUUUUAGGGUUUUCUCCACGUUGUCAAUGUUACUGGCUAAACAUGAUUCUGCGUGCAGGUCUAGUGAUUACCAUGCCUCUUCCCAAGGUUAAAAAAUUUGCGUGGCAAAUUGAAAUGACCUCUUUCCGGUGACAUGCAGGCUUAUUUGGAACCUUUCCUCAUCCCACUGUCCCUGAGAACCUGGGUUUAUCUCUAGACAGCCACUAGGUUGCCUAGCUAAGGUAGUACGCUUCCCAGUGGCGUUUGCAGUUCUGGGCUGGCUCUCUAGUGGUUGCAUCUUGCAUAAAAUAGCUGGUCUUAACCACACGUAGCGAGCUACCCAUGAAUGAGCUCGUGGUUUUAUUUCUGAAGCACAUAAGGGUGUCAACCACUCUUACCUUUCUGUACGGCCUUAACUGUUCAAGCCAGAUGACAAUAUAUAUAUGUAAUCACUACUUGGAGCAACUGGUGAAAAGAGUAGAUGGCCCUUGAGCACACGAGUGUUUGCAUAAACACAGAGUCUUCUCUGAAGAUAGACGCGCCAGCCUUGUCCGAAGCAAGGCUCUCUGGUCUUCCUUUAUUUUGCCUUGAGGUUCCUUUCUGGCUGUUCUAAUAAUUGAACUGUAACCACGUAAUAUUAUGUAAAGGCCUGGAAAUUACUAUUGUUCCAAAUUGUCAAGUAGUUUCAUGUGAUGUAGCAUCCUUCACAUAAUUUUCCAAAAUUUGCUCCUUUUCCUCUGUUUUCUUUCCUUUCAUGUGUGGUAUGUGUGUGAAUAUGUGUAAAUAUGAUUUCAUAUUUGUUACACCAACGUGUACUCCAUUUCACUGGCUGCGUUUGGCUCACAACUGUGUGUUAUUGAAUGUAGGCAGGGGCUCUCAUAGGGAUAAUUUCCCAAUGGAAAGCCCUAAGAGGGCAGAGGAGUCACACAAACAUUUUAUGUAGUUACAUAAUUGACUUGCCAUUUUAUAAGUUGAAAAUGGUACAUUAGGGGGCUGAAUACGACGUUACCUUUCAGACUAUAGAAAGUUGAAGACCUAAAACCAACCUUUAGCCAACAAAAGGGCUGUGCCCCAAUGAGAACUGAAUUUAUUUUCUGAGGGAAUAUUUCCUCCUCUAAGAUAAGGAAGAUGGCAUGUGGUGGCUGACAUUGAGCUCCUUUUGGGGGACUCCACUUCUCAUUGCUCAGCAACGCUCAUAGCAAGUAGAAUAAUGAGUUGGCUUAUAAAUGAAAGAGCCCUAAGCUGUACUCAGACCUGUUAGGUAUCUAGUGUACUCUUUUAACCAUCAUUGUUGAAACCAGACCCAGUGAUCCAAUGUCAGUGCUCUGUUGUGUAAACUCCUUUUUCUCGUGUUUUUAUAAAGGGCUUCUGUCUGGGCUGGACCCAGUUCUCGCAUAUAGAAGACGCUGCUGCAAUUAGGACCUUUCCACCUUAUAUUCCAUAGUAAAGCAUUGCUCUCAACAGCGCCCAAUUGUAUCUGUUAUUUUUGGUUUAACACACACUGAUUCAUUCUAAUAAAUCUUUUAAGCUUUA